CCAACAAAGCAAGUUGCCACUUGACAAUAUUUCUGUGAAAACGAAGUUAAAAUUCUUUUAAAGUUUGUUUUGUAUCUGCUUUGUGUCUGAGACAAAAAUGAAGCUGAAAAGGUUCCUAGUACGAUACUACCCACCAGGUAUUAUUCUAGAAUAUGAAAAAAGUGGAGAGAUUAAAUCAAAGACCAUUGAUUUACUUGAUUUAAAAACUCAUACCAAUAUUGAUGCUCUUGUAGAUGAGAUCACCUUAAAGGAACCAUUAGUUACUGCAGCAAAAUCAGGCCAAUUGAAGACACUUGUUUCUCGUUUACAGGAAAAACUGUCACUCUCUAUAAACCAUGAGUUUUACCUGUUCAAGGUACUUAGAGCCCACAUAUUACCACUGACUAAUGUGGCUUUUAACAAGUCUGGUUCAUGUUUCAUCACAGGAAGUUAUGAUCGUACAUGUAAGAUAUGGGAUACAGCCUCUGGAGAGGAACUUCAUACACUGUAUGGUCACAACAACGUCGUCUAUGCAAUCUCUUUUAAUAACCCUUUUGGAGACAAAAUAGCAACUGGAUCAUUUGACAAGACAUUUAGGUUAUGGAAUACAGAAACAGGAAAUUGUUACCGCACCCACCGAGGUCACACAGCUGAAAUUGUAUGUUUGAGUUUUAACCCCCAAAGCACUAUAGUUGCAACUGGCAGUAUGGAUACAGAUGCAAAGCUGUGGGAUGUACAAACUGGGAAAGAACUUUUUAAUUUAUCAGGACACAGUGAAGAGAUUAUUUCUGUUGCAUUCAACUGCACAGGUACACAACUAAUCACUGGAUCAUUUGACCGUACAGUAACCCUAUGGGAUGUUAACAGUGGCAGACGUAUCCACAAGUUAAUUGGACACAAAGCUGAGGUUAGCAGCUGUCAGUUUAACUGGGACUCUUCCUUGGUUGUUUCUGGUUCCAUGGACAAGACAUGCAAAUUAUGGGACAUAGCCUCAGGAAAAUGUAUUGGAACGUUCCGUGGUCAUAAGGAUGAAGUUCUAGAUGUUGGCUUUGACCUGACUGGUCAAUAUUUAUUGACUGCUUCUGCUGAUGGCACAGCUCGUGUUUACAACACUACCACUCACAUUCUUUGUUCAAAACUGGAAGGACAUGAAGGAGAAAUUUCAAAAAUAACAUUCAACCCUCAGGGCACAGCCAUUUUGACAGCAUCUUCAGACAAAACUGCACGAAUAUGGGACCCUGAGACAGGGGCAUGCAAACAAGUUCUUGAAGGACACACAGAUGAAAUUUUCAGCUGUGCUUUCAAUUAUGAAGGCAACACCAUUAUAACAGAUGGUUGAUUAGCAGAAUUAUUAGAGUGUUGGAAAAAAUUCUUUGUGCUAUUAGUUCCACACUUUAGUUCAAAUCUUGCUGAGAUCAGCUUCAGCUUUCAUCCUUCUAAGAGCAAUAAAAAUACAUUCCUCCUAAGUACUGGUGUCAAUGUAAUUGUCAAACUCCUCCCCUCAAAAAUUAGUGACUUUGUACCUAAGUUAGAAACAGUUAUUAUUAUCAAAAAUAUUUGUAUUACAUGCCCAUAACUAUUCAUUAUUUGUAUUGUAUCAUGUGUGUUGCAGUGUUGAUUUACAUAAAAUAAACUAUUACUAUUA